AUGGCGUCGCCGGCGGAGGCAGAUACACCCGAAGGGGCCCCUAGAGAUGAUGGCUCGGGCGAUGGUCAGCCCAACAAAAAGCGCAGGACUGGCCCCAAUUCGCGUGGCGUGGCCAAUCUCACGCCUGAACAGCUUGCCCGCAAGCGCGCAAACGACCGCGAAGCUCAACGUGCCAUUCGAGAGCGCACCAAGAACCAAAUCGAUCGCCUCAAUCAGCGCAUCCGGGACCUGGAGAGUCAGCAGCCGUACCAUGACCUGCAAGUCGUCCUCCGCGAGAAAGAGGCGGUCCAGGCGGAGAACGCAGAUAUCAGGAAGAGGCUGGAGAGCGUCCUGAGCAUCAUCCAGCCCAUCGUUCAACUGGCAGCCGCCGCCGAGCGGUCCCCCCUUCCCACCCACCCUCACCAACAGCGCGACGCGCCUGUGCAACCUGCCGAACCACGACAAUUCCACAUUGCCUCGCACGAGCUAUCCACGGCCUCACCCCAGAACGGCGUGCAUUCACCGAGCGUGACCGAGGGAGGAAGAGCAUGGCUGUAUCCCAGCGAUGCGCCAAACAGCCACCUGCGCCGCUACUCUAAUGGCAGCCCCGGUCCCCAUUUUGAGCAGUCGCGGACGCCCCAUCUACAGACUGAGAUGCCCUUCGACGAACGUCUGGGCGUGGAUUUUAUACUCGACAACGGGCAAAGGAGAGCUGUCGAUCCAAACCUGCCUCCACCGCAGCAGCCGCGACCCAGCAAUGUGAGCAGCAGCCAGCAUGCCAUGUAUGCGCCGAGCAUGGUUGCGCACCUCACACUCCCUCGAAACCUUCCGGCAACAUGUCCUCUGGAUGUCAUAUUGCUCGACUUCCUCCAAGACCGACAAAAUCGCGCUGCCGAGGGUGUACCCAUGAAGACACUAGUCGGACCACAGUACCCAAACUUCACCUCACUAGCGUAUCCCGACCGUGUAGUUGAUGCGCAUCCGCUGUCAAAGCUGUUCACGGACAUUCUACGCACAUUUCCAGACAUCUGCGGUAGGCCAGAGCAGGUUGCGAUAGUCUUCAUCAUGUUCCUGGUCAUGCGCUGGCAGAUUGAACCUACGCAGGAAAACUACGAUCGGUUGCCGCACUGGGUCACACCACGACCUUCUCAGCUGUUCACUGCCCACGCUUUGUGGAUUGAUCAUCUUCCAUGGCCUCGCCUUCGCGACAGACUCGUCACUAGCCAACCGCCCGUAUCUUUCGAGAACUUCUUCAUUCCCUUCACAACUACCAUCUCGCUGAAUUGGCCUUAUGAGCUUCGCGACUGUCUCCUCCCGGCCUCAAAAGUUCACACCCACACCCUCUCGACAACCUCGUCCGUAUCCGUGUCCUCGCCUUUCUCCACACAUGUAAACGCCGGCUCGCCGCAAGACCCUUCGACCCCGCAACCCCCUGCUGCGAACAAGUCCGCUGGUAUCACAUCCAUAGGCCCGCUGCCCAAGGAAGAUGAUCAAUGGCUCAUCAACCCGGCUUUUGAAACGCAUCUCCGUGAUUUGAACAACUGGACACUGGGCCCAAGCUUCAGAGGCAACUUUCCCGCAUUUGCUGAUUGCGUGAAGAUCAAAGAGGGAAGGUGA